AUGUCCAACAAUCGCUAUAGGAAACUCCAGCGAUCCAACAAUCGCUAUGGGAAACUCCAGCAAUCCGACAAUCGCUAUGGGAAGCUCCAGCGAUCCAACAAUCGCUAUGGGAAACUCCAGCGAUCCAACAAUCGCUAUGGGAAACUCCAGCGAUCCAACAAUCGCUAUGGGAAGCUCCAGCGAUCCAUCAAUCGCUAUGGGAAACUCCAGCGAUCCGACAAUCGCUAUGGGAAACUCCAGCGAUCCGACAAUCGCUAUGGGAAACUCCAGCGAUCCAACAAUCGCUAUGGGAAACUCCAGCGAUCCAACAAUCGCUAUGGGAAACUCCAGCGAUCCGACAAUCGCUAUGGUAAACUCCAGCGAUCCAACAAUCGCUAUGGGAAACUCCAGCGAUCCGACAAUCGCUAUAGGAAACUCCAGGCACAGUUAUGA